GUUUUUGUUUUGGUGCGCUGCGUGAGAGGAAUGUGUGCCGGUAUACCCGAAAUCGUUAAUAUUAUCGAAGAAGUGCCAACGUUUAUAGGAGUGAACUGGAUGUGCACACAGCUUGCUUUCGAUUGCGAAGGGCCUGUAUUAUAUAUUAUGUUCAGUUCGACUGAAAUUAGGUCGCGUUUGUUUAUGCCUGCUGACUCACGAAAUUAAUUAAUGAGGUAAUGCGAUUUUGAUUGCACGUUUGCACUGCGAUUAAACAAAUGAAAUUUACGCUAAUAUUUCUAUACUUUUACAUUCACACGAAGGCAAACACAAUUUAAGAGCACCAUCAAUUCAGGUAUUACGUUAGAGGUGUUUUGAUGAAGGUACCGUUAGAUGAAGUGUGGUAAUCAUCAUCAUUAUCCUUGAAAAUAUUCCGCGUAGAAGGUCAAUCUCCGAAGCCUCAUUGAAAAGUUCAUAAUCAUUCAAGCACCAUUUUCCAUUCCAAGUUAAUUGAGAAUUUUUCAUGCUAUUAAUCAUAAUACUCGCGCAGGCUAGUGUCAAAGGCAAAGCUCCAAGUACUUUUGAUUCGACAUUUCCAUUUCAUUGAGAGAACGGCACGCCAAAUCCUUAGUCCGUUAAUCGAAUAAACCAACGUCCCAUAUCCAAUUGGACCACGAGGUCAGGAUCAUCGCUGUGAUAAAUGUCCUGCACGGCUCUCCCGCUAAACUUUCUACACUAUUUACACGCUACAGAUUAUGGAGGAGCUCGACUGUUAUAUGGCGGGCUAAAAUAAUUGGAUUUUGCCGAGAGCCAGUGAGCCGUUAAUUUUUCAUUGCGCUGUUUGAUGAUAAAUUUUAUCGAGUCACGAAAAGGCGGAGGAGACAAGGGGGCGAUUAGUUGGCGCAUUGCUGUCAUACCGUGUGCGGAUGUGCGAACUCAUUACUGAAGACUCGCGGUACUGUUGAUAUUAACGGCUUCGUGACGAUUGCGCACUUUCCUGUAUUCGGUGUGUCGAUCAAGAGCAAGUUUAAGUGUCGAGACAACAGGUACGAUGUGAAAUUCAUUUCGAUUUAAUAAAACAUCGAUUCACGAUCUCCUUUCUCGAGGAGCCGAUCGAAUGAUUUCUUUUUCACGAAUUAUCGAAAAAUAUUCGCCCGUCACUCGUUUCGUAACUCGUCGCGGAAAAAAAUCGAGACACACACACAGGCAGACAUUCCAGCGCGAUUUUCACUUUCGUUCGGCGACAUUCCAGACCGUAUAGCAAAAGACACAAUGUGUGUUCAGAUCUCUUGGGAGGUCCGCCUGCCGGACAGCCCAUAAUGAUCCGCGAAUCCGAAAGUUGUAAUUAAGACGACGGCACGCGGUGGCGUCGAAUCGCUUUACGCACACUUUCACACGCAAAAGAGUUUGCCCUCGCGUCGAGCUCGUAAACACGUGGCGUUACGUCAGUCGCGAUGAUGAAUUCGCUCCGUCGAGUUUUUUCUCUUAUCUCGGUAUACGAAUUUCGGACGCGGAAGCCAACGCUGAUGGAGCAUAGGCGCGUGAGAACAAUGCUCGUUGCGAAAAUACAAAUCUAGUGCAAAACGAGCGGAGCGUCGCAUGCGAGCAGUUGGGUUACGCAACGAGUGCAGAAGAAAAGUGUGAGAUAGCGACGUUUAACGCGGCUCGAAAGCGAAAUGAGCGGCGAGAGAAGCUGUCGGGCGCUCCGAGCGUUAUUGCCCUCGUUUCGCUGAUUGUUUUGGUCGUUAGUGGGCUGGAUGCUCGCGCGAGAAAGCGCAGGUGUGUCAGCUGCGGGGAGAUUUCGCGUUAUUAUGACAGGCGAAUCCCGCAAUGACUUCAUACCGAGUGGCUUAUUCAAUCAUUCAAUCACUCGCGUUUCUACUAAAAAUACACAAAUCUUUCGCAACCGUCGCUCUACGUCCGAGAGGAAAAAUAAAAGAGAAACAUAAAUACGAGAUAAAGUCGAGCGAUCGCGAUUCGGAAUAAAAAUUUCACGCGUGUCAACGUAGCGCGCAAGGAAUAUUCCGCGAUACGAGAAGAAGAAAAAAGUAAUCUUCGAACGCGACAUUGAAAGCCUAACAUAAUCGCAUCAGACGCCGAAACGAGGGCCGAAUUGACGCACGGAGAACACAACAAUCAAAGCCAAUCGAGGAGGACUGGCACCGCGGAAAAAAUGGGUCAGAUUUUAGCUCCUCCAGAAUUAAGGCCACUCGAUCGGCGCCCCGGCGGUCCUCUCGAGGAUCGACCUUGACUAUCGAUUAAUAACGAAAAUGGUAAUGCUUAUUAUGGAUCUAAAAAUGAUUCCGUCGAGUUACUCAACAGCUUAACAUAACAAAGAAUGUGCUGGCGCUCAUUCCGAUAGCGCGGAUUGAGAUAACGCCGCUCUUUGAUGUCAUUGGCUGUAUGGUAUUAUUGGACAAUAAUAAAUGCAGCGAGCAAUUGUUAUAAAAUAAACACCGCGAAGAUCAGCAAUCACUCGGUUAUCGGACAUCACCAAAUACACCACAACAGUAUCCGGUCGACGAGUUCGAGUGUUUGCCAAUCACCAAGACAAGAUUGUGCGCAGGCAACUUUUCCACUCACAACACAGUGCGCGCGUGCAAACUCCAAAAGUCGCUGUCAUCCCUCGAAAAAAAAAACUGAAACUCACGCGAACGCCUCAUUCCGUCCAAAGAGUCUUCGGACUUCAAUCGCAGAUCAAACACACUACCAGAAUCUUCUUCGUUCGGCUCGCUCACUCGGGUUAUCUCAUCUGUCUUUGUCUCUCUUGCCCCUUAUCUCUCUCGCUCUCAUUCUCUCGCUCGCGUCGUGUUCUUAUGCUCAGCCCUCUCGACGGCGCGGAAAAAGAGAAAACGUGCUGCCGGCAGAGCCGCACCGAGUCCAGCAGUGAUGCUCUGCUCGAGAGUCGGCGUUCUCGUCACGCGGACGGCGCUGCGCACGCGAAACACACUGGCCGCCUGCAUUAUCAGGAGAACCAGGAGCCUUAACGCGCCGAGCCCGAUCCAGCAAUUCGGACCAUGUGGCCGUAUAAUGAAAAACUCGGCAAUGGUUAUGACCAUCCAAGACCCAGCUUCGCAGAGGCUGACCUGGUACAAGCCGCCGCUCACGGUCCUCGUAAUCAAGAAGGUCCGUGAUUCGUCGGUGUUGCCGCCGUUCGUGCAGCUCGUCACAUGGCUCAUAGAGGAGAAGCGAAUGGUGGUGUUCGUCGAGGCCUCGGUGCUCGAGGACCCGGCCUUGGCCAGGGACCACAGGUUCCAGGGGGUCCGCGACAGACUGCAGACCUUCCGUGAUGGCACCGACGAUCUCCAGGAUCGCAUAGACUUCAUCGUGUGUCUGGGAGGAGACGGCACCCUCCUGUACGCCAGUCUCCUGUUUCAACAAUCCGUUCCACCAGUCAUGGCAUUUCACUUGGGCUCUCUGGGCUUCCUAACGCCCUUCGAGUUCGACAACUUCCAAGAGCAGGUCACAAACGUUCUGGAAGGUCACGCAGCCCUGACGCUGAGGAGUCGUCUGCGCUGCAUAAUCAUGCGCAAGGGCGAGGAGGGCCAGCCGGCCAAGCCGCCCACGAAUCUUCUGGUACUUAACGAGGUGGUGGUGGACCGCGGACCUUCGCCGUAUCUGUCCAACAUCGACCUCUUCAUCGACGGCAAGCACGUGACCAGCGUACAAGGCGACGGACUCAUCGUCAGCACACCUACUGGAUCCACGGCCUACGCCGUGGCCGCCGGCGCCAGUAUGAUACAUCCUUCGGUGCCAGCCAUCAUGAUCACGCCGAUAUGCCCACAUUCGCUGUCGUUCAGACCCAUCGUCGUGCCUGCCGGUGUCGAGCUCAAGAUUUCAGUAUCACCAGACAGUAGAAACACGUCGUGGGUGUCGUUCGACGGGCGAAAUCGACAGGAACUAUUUCACGGCGACAGCCUGAGGGUGACGACGUCGAUCUACCCGGUGCCGUCGAUCUGCGCAGCCGACCAGAUAACCGAUUGGUUCGACUCGCUGGCCGAGUGCCUGCACUGGAACGUCCGCAAGAAGCAGAAACACCUGGAUGAGCUGAGCGACCUGACGCAUUCCUCCAGCAACGACACCCUCGACUCCCUCGACCGCGACAGCUAGACGGCCAGAGUCGCGAUUUCUCGUGUACGAAGGAAAUCUAAAAACGAGAGAAAGAGACAGAGAGUCAAAAUGGCGCCGAGUAUUUUUCGCGGGCGCCACAGCCAUACUGUGGCUGUAAUAUUCGACCGUGAGUUCGAGGAGAAGACGCUGCGGGGGAGUGUCGCGCUCUCGAGCGAAAAGUUGAAGAGGCGACGGAGAAGUUCUUGUAUUUGAUCGAGAGACGGAGUCUUGAAGAGUCUCCGGGAGCUAGGGACGAGCGGAGUUUUAAAUGUUAUCGUGUAAAUGUCGAGAAUAAUGGUGUAAAUGAAAGAUUUUUAACGAUGAAGAAAUAUGAUUAUUGCUACUAUUAAUGUAAAUUAAUAUUAAUUAUAUGUUAAUCAUUCACUUUUAUUUUUACUAUUAUUAUACUGAAAUCAUAAUGAAGCCUUGAUGGAAUUUCGUGUGUCUAGCGAGAUGUGUCGUCCCGUAGGCUAUACUACCAGACAAUAUAUUAAUGUACGCGUGCAUCAUGUUCCUGAACAAUCAAAAAACGUAUAAUGAGGAAAAUAUUGAUGAAGAGAAUUAUUAGCGAAUUGUGCGAGGAUAAAGUUGAAAAGAUAGUAAUGAUUUUCAUUUAUCUUGCGUCGAUCAUUAUAUGAAAAGGGAAAAUCCUUCUAUAGAAAUGAACUUGUUGUAAAUGUUAAAUAAUAUUUCCUAUAUUCUUUUUAAUAAAAUAAUUUUUGUACAUAAAA